AUGACAUGUUGCUGUUCCUUUUGGAGUUUCAUAAAGACCAAAAAGAAUGACGAAAGUGAACCCAAACCAACUGUUGCUCACUUAGGUGAGGAAAACAAAUUUUAUUUUAAUAAAGAAUUAAACCGAUGGGUAGUUAAAGGAGAAGAAGAUAAAGUCGAAGGUGAAGAAAAGGUAUCUGCACCGCCUAAAAUGAGUAGUUUGAAAAACUCUUGUCAAGGUUAUCGUUCGUUGAUGCAGCAGAAUAAAACUAGGAGUGCUCUGACAAUAUAUGCGGAAAUACCAGGGUUAAAGACCAUAAAAAGAAAGAGCACUAUGGUUCAAGGAGGAAUAGUAUCUCCAUAUAUGGAAGCAGCAAAGAAUGAGUUAAGUAGUAACACAACUGAUGAAAACAAAACAGAUACGUUUGGUUCGAAUAUUUUCAUUCCACGUGUUAAUAAUGAUGAAUCAGAAAAUAAAGUUUUAGAUGAGGUACCUACUGAUGGAGGGGUCGAUAAAAACGAUAAAAACGAUCAAAACGAUAAAAACGAUCAAAACGAUAAAAACGAUCAAAACGAUCAAAACGAACAAAACGAACAAAAUGAUCAAAACGAACAAAACGAACAAAACGAACAAAACGAACAAAACGAACAAAACGAUAAAAACGAACAAAACGAUAAAAACGAACAAAACGAACAAAACAAAAAGCAUACACAACAUGUGCAACGAGCACCAAAUGGACAGAAUAGACGAGAUCAAAUAAUAACAGAGUUAAGGGAUAAGCCAAAAGGAAAGCAAAAACAAGACAAAGAAACAACAGGGGAGGGAUUGUCUCUAAGUAAGGGUCGUAACAUGAAUGCAUUGUUGAAUAAGCAAAGUGUAGUGGGUGAUAAUAAACAGGGACAGCUAAAUAGACGUGGUGUAUAUCACGAUGGUGCAAAUUAUGAUGGUGCAAAUUAUGAUGGUGCUAGUUACGAUGGUAUAAGUUACGAUGGUAUAAGUUACGAACAUGUUAACCACGAUGAGGAAAGGCACCCCGACGAUAUGCGAAAUACGGAGAGUGUACUCGUGCAAAAGGUGUGUUUGGUUAAAGGAUACAAAGGAAAUACUUCUAGUGAACAACAUAUAGUGAAUACCAACAAAAUUAAUGAAAAAAAAUAUGUUUUUGAAAAUAGUCAAUGUGAGGAGGAAAUAAAUACAGGAGAGAUGAACAAACAUUUUGAAAAAGCUUGCAAUUUUUACGAAAUAAAGAAAAGAUUGACAGCAGUAGGUAAUGACAAUAAUUGCACCGGGAAUAUGAUUAAAGAAAAUUACACGAACAGUGUUUAUGCAAACAUGAGCAAUUUUAAUGCAACUAUUGGUAUUGACAAAAGUGCGCACGAAAAGAGCAGCAGUAGAAAUAGUAACUCGCUGUCAUUUAGUGAAGCGGGUAUUGUACCUGUUGCUAGUGCACCGGUACAGUGUGGUGUUGUGAAUCCGAUUUAUUUAGAAAGGGGUAUGAAACAUGCGGAUGGUGGAAAUGCGCUCGAUGUUCCCGAUAUAUCCAAUGCAUCCGAUGCACCUGAGAUAGAUAUCCGGAUGGGAGACCAGAUUAGCGAUACAUUUGAAUCGAUGAACAAAAUGAGGGCAAAUGAGAACAGUUUUGAAGGGGGUACUGAGGAAAAAAGGUCCGUUAUUGCCCCCUUUGAUGUAGUUAAAAAGAUAAUGAUAGAAGAGGAACACUAUGACAGCAUGGAGGAAAUGGUUAGUAGGAACAGUGUACAGAAGGCCAGCUACAAGAAUUAUGAUAAUAUUAUUGAAGAGGAUAGUAAUACCUCAAAGGAUGACCAUCCGUCUAGCUUCCACAUUUCGGAAAAAGAUACAAUAAAUCUGCCUGCACAUGGCAAGACAAAUGAUUUGAAGAAUCCCAUAGGGGAAAAAUAUAUAAUUGAUUAUUUUUUAAAUAUUUUAAAAAAUAAAUUACACGAUGAAGGUGGUAACUUGGACAGUAUGAUGAGAAUGGAAGCUCGGAAAAUAAAUUCUCUACUUAUGGAAAAAAAAGCGUCUAUUGAAAUUCUGCACAGGAAAAUGGUGGAGCUGGAAAGUGAGCAAUGUGGAGUAGCAGGUGUAGAUGACAAUGAAAUUGGAGGAAAUGAAAUGGGUAGUAAGGAUGUGGAUGAUAAAGUAGUGGACUCUGGGGAUGAUGCGGAGGAGGGUGCAAACGAGUUGAGCAACAUCCUAUACAUAAUUAACAUUAAAAAUCAAAAGAUAAAAAGAGAGAUAGAGGGUUUUAUCAACUCAUUUAACACUUUGAAAAGGAUAAAAAUGAAGAACGAGGAAAUAAUAAAGAUAUAUAAGAGUAGAGAAAAUCAAUUUUUAGAAAUUAUCAAAAAAAUGGAAGAAAAAGAAAAAAAGAAAACAAUUUUAUAUAAAAAAAAAGAAAAACAGUAUAAAGAUUUGAUUUUAAAAAAUAAAAAAGAAUUAAAAAUAGAACAAAUGAAUAAUAAAAAAAAUUUAAAAAAGGUAAAAGAACAAGAAGUAUUACUAAAAGAAGAAUUAAAGAAAAUUGAAGAAGAGACAAAGGAAAAGAUAGCAAUUUUAAAGGAAGAAUUUGAAAAAAGAAAAAAAAUAGAAAUCGAAAAUUUGGAAAGGGAAAAAAACGAAAUGAUAGAAAUGAAUAUAGAAACAGAAACAGCUAGAAUGGAAGAAGAAAUACAAAAGGUAAAAGUAAUGGCUGAAGCAAAUUUUAAUUCUAAGUUGGAGAAAUAUAAAGAGAAAAUGGAAAAAAAUAAAAAUGAUUUUAUAAAUAAUUUAAUUAUUGAAAAAAACAACGAAUUAGAAAUGAUAAAGAGUACUAUAGAACAAAAGAAACAGGAAGAAUUGAUGAUAUUAAAAGAAGAAAAUGAAAAGUUGAUGAAUGAUAAUAUUCAAAGUAUUAAGGAUAAUAUGUUGAAAGAGCAAUGUGAAAAAAUGGAAAGCUUAAAAGAAGAGUAUGAGUUGUUAAAAAAUAAAGAAAUUGAACGAUUACAGCGUGAGAUUAGUAUAAAGAGUGAGGGGAUGGACAAUAGGGAAAAACAGUUUAUUGAUGAAAAGAAUAGAGAUAUGGAAUGUUUGAAAAAAGAGCUAGAAAGGAGUUAUAACGAUAAAGAGAACAUUCUGAGACAGGAUCUAAACAAGGAAUAUGAGAUGAAAGUACAGGAUGUAUUAAAUGAAAAGGAAAAAUUAGUAACUAUGUAUGAAGAUAAAUUGACAAAGCAAAGAGAGGAGCUAGAAGAAAUAUUACAGAAACAAAGGAAAGAAGUAAAAGAAUUCUUCGAAUUAGAAAAGAAUAAAGAAAUACAAACGUUAAAUGAUAAAGUUGAGAAGAUGAUACAAGAAAAGGAGUUAUUAUGUAGUCAGAAGAAUGACUUAGAAUUAAAUUUAUCCAUAUUAAAUGAAGAAAAAGAAAAUAUUAUGAAUAGGAAUAAAGAUUUAGAAGAGAACUUAAAAAAUAAUGAAUAUACAUUUAAUGAAAAUAUGAACCAUAUGAAGGAGGAAAAAACAAAAUUAGAAAAGGAGCUAGAAAAAAUGAUACGAGAUAAUAAAAAAGAAACAGAAGAGAUUAGAGAACAAUUUGCAGAUUUACUACAAGAUGAGAUAAAUCGAAUUAAAAAGGAAUCCGAAUUGAAAGUUGAUAAUUACAUUAAACAGUAUGAACAAAUAAGUAAAGAAUAUGAAAUGAAGAAAAAGGAAUAUAACGAUUUGUUAGAAAAGGCAAAUACUAAUAAUAAAGAGUUGACUAAUAAAUAUGAAGAAAAUAUACAGAAAAUAAAUGAGUAUGAAGAAAUGAUAAAGAUGAUCGAAAGUCAAACAGAACAAAUGAUGAAAAAGAAAAUAGAAGAAUUAAAUGAAGAAUUUAAAAAAAAAAAAGAAUUAUUUGAUAAUGAAAAGAAUAAUUUAUUAAAAAAUUAUGAACAUCUAGAAGAAGACAAUAAAAAAAUAAAAGAAAAUCUUGAAAGACAAGUUAGUUCCACAGUACUAGAAAAUGAGCAAAGAAUACUGCAAUUAACAAAUAGUUAUGAGGAUAAGUUACAGCAGAUGCAGAAUAAUUAUGAACAGUUAAUAAAUGAAUGCAACGAUUUAAAAUGUAAAAACAGCGAAAUGGUGGAAAAUCUUCAUAGGGAGAAAGAAGCAAAGGAGGAAAGGCUUCAGCAUCUUAGCAGCAUGAACAGUGAACUUAGCAGAAGGAACGAGGAGUUAAGUAGCAAAAAUGUAGAGCUGAGCAGUAAGAAUGACGAGUUGAGCAGUAAGAAUGACGAGUUGAGCAGUAAGAAUGACGAGUUGAACAGCAAAUAUGAUGAAUUGAGUGGCAAGACUGUACGACUAAGUGACAACCUUACCGAGAUGAAAAACGAAAUAUCAAAUUUGCAAAGUAAAAAUGUGGAACUGUCGAACGAAAAUUCGUAUUUAAAAAAUGAAGAACAGAAGAAGUUAAUGGAUAAAAUGCUUAAUCUUGAAAACAUUAAUAAGAAUUUAAUGGAGGUAACAGAAAAAGAAAGAGAACUAAAUGUAAAAAAUGUUAACAUUAUAAGAUCCCUGCAAGCGCAAAUAAAUGAACAAACGAAAUUGUAUAAGGAAUACACAGAUAAACUAAAACAUGAAAUUAAAAACUUGAAAGAAUUAGAUGGCUCUUCUAAUUCUAACGCGAAUUGUAAUGCUGCUAAUUCUAAUUCAAAUGAUGCGUAUUUAAAGUUAAUAGAAGAAAACAAAAAAUUAAAAUUACAAAAUGAAGUUAUAACUACAAAAAAUGAUACAAUGGAAACGGCAUUGGAUAACUUAACGAAGAGACUCUCUUUUAUUGAAUCAAAAAUUCGAGAUAAAGAAGAUGGAAUCAAUCUUAUAAAGCAGGCAGAUGAUUUGCAGCUGCAGAGCCUUAAGUGA